AUGGACGCAGAGCGUAAAGAGAAUUCCAAGUCUUUUUCCGGACAUCAAUGGACGUAUUUCUCCUCUUUAAGUUCAGGGCCUAUUCGCACUCGUGCAGAGUCUUUCUUGGUUGCUGUAAACUGGCCGCGGCUGCUUGAAUAUGCCUCGAAGCAACGCAACGGAGCCAAUGCGUCUAUUCUUCCUUCUAUCGGCCUCGGUGGAAAUCACAUGGUCCGAGUCAUCGAGUUUGAUGAUGGACUACCGCCGCUUCCAGACUCGGGUUUAUCUGAAGGCAGCCUUGAAGCCAAGAGCAUUCGUGAAUGCAACACAAUUCUUUUAUUGACAAAAACCUCUACUGUUCCCAUACCUGCAAUCCACGGUUUUGAAACGGGCCGUGAUUCAGGUGUGAAUGCGCCAUUUUCCUUUAUGGGCUGCUUGGAGGGAAAUGUUGGGAUGGACCUGGGAAUCGAUAUUCCUAAGGCUCACAACAAGGAGUUCUUCAAAGAGCUAGCGGAAAUUCAUGUUGAUCUAUCCAGGAUCCAGCUCCCUAAGAUCGGAACUGUCAUAGCAAUGAAUGCAGAUGGCACAUUUCAGCAGGGGCCGAUACCUGGAAUUGGUGGUCCAUUUGACACAGCAACUGAGUUCUUCCAGGCAUGGGCUACUAAGAAACAUUUUGGGGCGUCUGAUGACCGUCUCCGGGCCUUGUGUGGCCCAUACGCCAACGAAAUUGUCCCUUCAGUCGCAUCGUUCACGAGGUCAGUGGCUGAUAUAGCUGGGAAAAUAUCCAUCACUGACGACAAAGGCCCAUUCCCUCUCUGUCACGAUGACUUCGGUCAUAACAAUAUCAUUGUUGAUUAUUAUCGUAUACUGGGGGUUAUCGACUGGGAAUCAGCUUUUGCUGGACCAUGGGAGGUUUUCGGAGAAUUUCCGCUGAGCCUAUCUAUUGUUCCGCUGACAAUGAAUCUUCCAAAGGGCUAUGACGAGACUGGUUGGCCCAAAGAUCCUACAUUGGCCCAGAGAUUUGUGGAUCGCGGGGAUUAUGUGAAUGCUGUGAGGCAGGAAGAGGAAGGGAGGCAGAUUGUUGACCACACUCUCUCCGAUAUUCUGCAAGAUACCAAACGGCAGCACCUCAUCACAGCAAUGAGUCUCUUUGAGAAUGGCAAGCCUGGGUUCUACUCCAAGGUGGUGGAAAACUUCGUAUCCUCGAUAUAG